GUGGCGCCACCGCCGCCAUGGAGGCCACGUCAGUGCCCGCCCCGCAACCCGGAACCGCUUCAUGGCGCGGCGCUUUUCCGUUCCCUUCAGCGCCGGCACGCAGCGGGCCCCGCGCUGUAGCACGGGCCGCUCAGGCUGCCGGGGUGCCUGGAGCUCGAGGCGUGAUGGCGGCGCCGGCGACCUCCGCGACGCCGCCGAAGAAGAUCGUAGCACCCACCGUGUCGCAGAUUAACGCGGAGUUCGUCACCCAGUUAGCAAACAAAUAUUGGGCUCCCCAUGCGAAGAAAAAACUGUCUUUUGAUUCAAAGGUUAUUGAAGAUGUAUAUGCAAAAGAAAUUGUCAAAUCAAAGUUUGCAAUUAGAAAGAUAAUGCUUCUUGAAUUCAGCCAGUACCUUGAAAAUUACCUAUGGAUGAAUUAUUCUCCAGAGGUGUCCAGUAAGGCAUACUUAAUGUCAAUCUGCUGUAUGGUGAACGAGAAGUUCAGAGAGAAUGUCCCUGCGUGGGAGACAUUCAAAAAGAAGUCAGAGCACUUUCCCUUCUUUUUCAAAUGCAUUCUGGAAGCAUCACUGGUUGAGGAUGAUGAUGAAUUCUCUCUACAUGAACAGACAGUUCUCCUACUUUUCCUUGAUCAUUGCUUCAAUAGUUUGGAAGUGGAUUUGAUAAGAGGUCAGGUGCAGCAGCUCAUUUCCUUACCGAUGUGGAUGGCUCUACAACCUAAACGACUGGAGCAAGAGCUGAAAAAGACACCAAAACUAAGAAAAUUCUGGAAUCUAAUUAAGAAAAAUGAUGAGAAAAUGCAUGAGGAGGCAAGAGUGCAAGCAUAUCGAGAGAGAAGAUUUCUUUCACAGCUCAUUCAGAAAUUCAUUUCUGUGCUAAAAUCAAUACCUGUCUCAGGUCCUGUUUCUAUGGACAAAGUUCAUUAUUGUGAGAGAUUCAUUGAACUCAUGAUCGAUCUUGAGGCUUUGCUUCCCACACGACGCUGGUUUAAUACAGUGUUGGAUGACUCCCAUCUUGUUGUUCACUGUUACUUGUCAAGUCUUGCCAAAAGAGAGAAGGAGGGUCAUCUCUUUUGCCAGCUUUUAGAUAUGCUUAAAUUCUACACUGGCUUUGAAAUCAAUGAUCAAACUGGAAAUGCUUUGACAGAGAAUGAGAUGACAACAAUUCACUAUGACAGAAUUACUUCUUUACAGAGAGCAGCAUUUGCACACUUCCCGGAGUUGUAUGACUUUGCACUCUCAAAUGUAGCUGCAGUAGAUACUCGUGAUGCACUGGUGAAGUUAUUUGGACCACUCAGCUCAAAUGUACUCCACCAGGUGGCAUCAUACCUCUGCUUGCUGCCUUCCCUUCCAGAAGGAAACGAUACCAGCUAUGAGAAGGAGUUUCUGCUAGAGCUGCUGGUUUCCCGUCAUGAGAGACGAAUAUCUCAAAUUCAGCAGCUCAAUCAGAUGCCUCUUUAUCCCACAGAGAAGAUUAUUUGGGAUGAAAAUAUAGUCCCAACUGAAUAUUAUUCUGGAGAAGGCUGUCUUGCACUUCCCAAACUGAAUCUACAGUUUCUGACUCUUCACGAUUACUUGCUAAGGAACUUCAAUCUCUUUCGCUUGGAGUCGACUUAUGAGAUCAGACAGGAUAUUGAAGAUAGCGUCAGUAGGAUGAAACCAUGGCUGUCAGAAUAUGGAGGUGUGGUCUUUGGUGGAUGGGCCAGGAUGGCACAGCCCAUUGUGUCUUUCACAGUGGUGGAGGUUGCAAAGCCCAAUAUUGGUGAAAACUGGCCCAUGCGAGUACGAGCAGAUGUCACAAUUAAUUUGAAUGUUAGAGAUAGCAUCAAAGAUGAAUGGGAAGGUCUACGGAAACAUGAUGUCUGUUUUUUGGUGACUGUGCGUCCCACACAACCUUAUGGCACUAAGUUUGACCGAAGACGACCUUUUGUUGAGCAAACUGGCCUGGUAUAUGUUAGAGGCUGUGAAAUCCAGGGCAUGUUGGAUGAGAAGGGACGUGUUAUUGAAGAGGGACCUGAACCCAAACCAAGACUUAAAGGCGACUGCAGAACAUACAGAGUAUUUCUGGACCCAAACCAGUAUCAACAAGACAUGACCAAUACAAUCCAAAAUGGAGCAGAAGAUGUAUACGAGACUUUUAAUAUAAUAAUGAGAAGAAAACCAAAAGAAAACAAUUUCAAGGCUGUUCUGGAAACUAUUAGAAAUCUAAUGAACACAGAUUGUGUGGUUCCUGACUGGCUACAUGACAUCAUUCUUGGAUAUGGAGACCCAAGUAGUGCACACUAUUCAAAAAUGCCAAAUCAGAUUGCAUCUCUAGAUUUUAAUGACACCUUCCUGUCUAUUGAUCACUUAAAAGCUAGCUUUCCUGGGUACAAUAUUAAAGUGACUGUUGACAAUCCGGAACUACAAGUACCUCCCUUCAGGAUAACUUUCCCAAUAACAGGAGGUAAAGGAAAGAAAAGAAAAGAGGAUGGGAAUGAAGAAAAAUCUGAAGAAGUGAAAACAUUGAUUGUAGAGCCUCACAUCAUUCCAAACAGGGGACCAUAUCCAUAUAAUCAACCAAAACGCAAUACUAUUCAAUUUACCCAUACCCAGAUUGAAGCUAUUCGUGCAGGAAUGCAACCUGGACUAACUAUGGUAGUAGGUCCACCUGGUACAGGGAAAACUGACGUUGCAGUCCAGAUAAUAUCCAAUCUCUAUCAUAAUUUCCCAGAACAACGAACUCUUAUAGUUACCCACUCUAAUCAGGCCUUGAACCAGCUGUUUGAAAAAAUCAUGGCUCUAGACAUUGAUGAGCGCCACCUCCUGCGCCUGGGUCACGGAGAAGAGGAAUUGGAGACAGAGAAAGAUUUCAGCAGGUAUGGAAGAGUGAAUUAUGUUCUGGCUCGAAGACUUGAACUCCUGCGAGAAGUUGGGCGAUUGCAAGAGAGUCUUGGUGUUCCAGGAGAUGUUUCUUACACUUGUGAAACAGCUGGCCACUUUUUCUUAUACCAAGUAAUGUCUCGUUGGGAAGAAUAUAUCAGCAAAGUGAAAGUUAAAGGUGGAAAAUUACCAGAUGUUACAGAUGUGUCCAGUUUCUUUCCCUUUCAUAAGUAUUUUGCAAAUGCUCCUCAACCAAUUUUCAGAGGCAGAUCCUAUGAAGAAGAUAUGGAGAUUGCUGAAGGGUGUUUUAGACAUCUAAAGAAAAUCUUCACUCAGCUUGAGGAAUUCAGAGCAUUUGAACUUCUCCGCAGUGGCCUGGAUAGAUCUAAAUACCUGUUGGUGAAAGAGGCAAAAAUCAUUGCUAUGACUUGUACCCAUGCCGCUCUGAAACGACACGACCUGGUUGAAUUAGGCUUCAAAUAUGACAACAUCUUAAUGGAAGAGUCUGCACAGAUUCUGGAAAUAGAAACCUUUAUACCUCUCCUGUUACAGAACCCUCAGGAUGGAUUCAGUCGUUUGAAGCGGUGGAUUAUGAUUGGUGACCAUCACCAGUUGCCACCAGUCAUUAAGAACAUGGCUUUUCAAAAAUACUCCAACAUGGAGCAGUCCCUCUUCACACGGUUUGUUCGUGUUGGAGUGCCAACUGUUGAUUUGGAUGCACAAGGAAGAGCAAGAGCAAGUUUAUGUAACCUCUACAACUGGCGUUAUAAAAAUCUGGGUAAUCUACCUCACGUGCAGCUUAUGCCAGAGUUCAGAACAGCCAAUGCUGGGUUUUUAUACGACUUCCAACUUAUAAAUGUAGAAGACUUCAAUGGUGUGGGAGAGUCUGAACCCAAUCCUUAUUUCUAUCAGAAUCUUGGUGAAGCAGAAUAUGUUGUGGCACUUUUCAUGUAUAUGUGCCUGCUUGGUUAUCCUGCAGACAGGAUAAGUAUCCUGACAACGUACAACGGACAGAAACAUCUGAUCCGAGAUGUCAUUAACCAGCGUUGUGGAAAUAACCCAUUGAUUGGACGGCCAAACAAGGUAACAACUGUGGACAGAUUUCAAGGUCAACAAAAUGAUUAUAUUCUCCUUUCAUUAGUGCGUACCAAAGCUGUAGGCCACCUUAGAGAUGUCCGACGAUUAGUCGUUGCCAUGUCAAGAGCCAGGCUUGGGCUUUAUAUCUUUGCAAGAGUAUCGCUCUUUCAGAACUGUUUUGAGCUAACUCCAGCUUUCAGCCAACUCACAGCUAGACCACUUCACCUCCAUAUAAUUCCCACAGAAUGUUUUCCAGCAGCAAGACAGAAUGGGGAACCACCGACUCACCAAAUACAUGUUAUCAAGAAUAUGCCUCAAAUGGCUAACUUUGUUUACAACAUGUAUAUGCACAUGAUACAGAGUACACGCCAUUACCAACAGCGUUUAUUACCCCCACCUGCCAUGAUUGAAGAGCCUGAAACUACUCAAACUCAAGAGUCUGAAGCAGAAGUUGAAGUGCAGGGUAUUCAGGAAGAUGCAGAAGAAAAUAAGGUAGAAGAAGAAAUGGUAAAGGAAGAAUUGAAGGUGUCAGAAGUGGAUGAACAUCGAACAAUGCCAGAACACCCUGGAAGAGACAGUGAUAGUGAAGACAGUGAACCUGAGGAUGAGAAUGAAAAGUGAUCCAAGUGAUGUUUGUACUCUUACUUAUUCUGGAAAACAAAUGGGAAAAUGCAGUUAGAAAUAUGAUUGCUAUUUUUACAUUGACUUUUCUUAAAUGAUUCCAUGUGUGAUGUAACCUUGUUUUCACUGAAUGCUUUCUGGGCAAAAAAGAUAAUUGGUAGUCAUUUCACUGAGUUCUUGUCAGUAUCAGUAAUGUAAUUUGCUUAUUCAACUCAAAUGAUAUACAUAAGUUUUUUAGUAAAGAUACUUUUACACAAAUUUGGAAUUCUUUUCUUAUGCCUUUAAUUCAGUUAAUGAAUUAGCUUUUAAGCUUCACUGAUUACCUAUAUUUAGUAUUGAUCAGACACUGUAGUUUCUUUAAUAUUUUGCAGUGGAGAAUUUUUUACACGGAACAGUGUUUAUAUACACUGAGAUGAUAUUGUAGGUUUUGGCUCGAGUUUAGUAAGCUAUUUAAUUGCAAGUUUGAGAAAUGGGAAUUACCAUGGCACUUUGAAAUUUUGAAAGAGUUUUAUUGAAUUGGGAGUUUAACAAGCUCUCAGAAUAAGGUACAGGUACUUGUAGCAACUGUUCCAUUGUUGACUGCCACUGCUGUUGCUACUUGAUUGUCCCUUACACAAGAAGUAAGGAUACAACUUCUAAAACAGCAUUAUUUUUUUAAGUUAGAAUCUUGAAAUAAGAUCUAUUUCAUUUUUAAGAGAACAGCAGGAUAAAGCCCCAUCAGGAAAGCAAAUAAAAGGAAUUUGGUGAAGGCAGGAUUCACAAAACAUGUAAUAUCAAUAUUAGAGAUGUAAUGGGUGAGUAUGUUUUCUGGAGUGAUUUCUAAACAUACAUCUUUCAUAAACUGAUUAGUGAAAGCUUUUUCCCUAGCUUAUUAAGAAUAUCUGUCAACUGCAGAUUAUCCAGUGGUUCAGGAAGGUUUAUGAAUUCCCAAAUUUAAUUUUCAAACAAAACAGGAACAUCUUUCCUGACAAAAGGAAAAUACUUAGUUUUCAAAUGUUGCAGUUCUGAAGAUUCCAGAAGAAUUUCUUCACUAAAUUGAUCAGAAAUGCAUUAGCUUACAAGCUUUUAUUACCAUGUUUGAAGAUCUUUAUCACAGAAUUGCAGGGUUUGAAAGGAAUCUCAGGAUUGAGUCCAACUUCCCUGCUAAAGCAGAUACCCUACAAUAGGUUGCACAGACCUAGAGGGAUCUUGAAUAUUUUUUUUAACUUCUUAUUCACACAAAAAAGAAAAACUACUCUUUUGACUGAAACUGUGUCAUUUCAUUACUUGUUCUGAGUGGAAGAUGAUGUAAAUUCUUUGCCAUUGGAGAACAAACAGCAAUGUGUUUAAUAUUAGGAUGGUAAGCUUUAUGUGGUAACAUUCAUGUGUUCAAGCAGGGCAGAAUAAUACUGGGCCUUCAAGCAACAUGCAACAAGCUCAGCUGAUGUCUGUCAUCUCUGUUUUCCAAACCAUUUUUACAAAUAUUUUUGAGCCAGGCAAUCAUUUAUUAUACUUCAGAAUUCUGGGGAAAAAAAUUAGUAAAGGAUUCUGGAGGGUUGUUGUUUUUUUUUUUUUAAAUCUAAAAUGGAUGGUUUAAUUGACAGGGAUUCCAUCAAUACUGCAGGGAAAAAGCAACCAAAUCUAGAAGAGACUGUAAAGAUGUAGAUUUGUAUAUGGCUUGCAGUGUAAUCUUUCUGCUGGUGUAUGAGCACACCUAGCCUGUUUAAUACUGUGUUCCAUGUGCAAGCCUAUGUAUCUGUUCCCUUCUGACUCAUGGGAUCCUCUUAGAACAGCCAAGUUAUAGUCAUCAAAUGUGUUGCCCUAACAUGGUGAGCGGUGUUGUAAAGGAGCUCGUUGCUGACUAGCAUGAAAGCAGAAGCAACUGAAUCAAAAGCAAUUGCAAAAACAUUACAGCCUUAAUACAUACUUUUCUGAAGGACCAAGCAUUGCCUAUACUAGAGAUGGAAAGUUUUGCUGAGUUGACUUAAGCUGAGCAGGUCAUUGCUGCUACUUUCCAUGUACUGAACUUUACACUUUUCAGUGAUGGAAAGCGUUUUCAAAUGUGGGAAGUCGUGUUUACCAUGUAGCAGUGGUUAGAAAGUUCUUUGUACUUGUGGAAUACAAGAUUGGUAAAGUGAUGUGGCUUUUUUUUAUUUGUAGAUGUUCUGCAUUUAAUUUUUGGUAAAGGAUGAAUUGUCUUUCACACCGAAAUAUGUUUAGUUUUGGUGUUUUAUUGACUCUUCUUUACAAGAAGGAAUUGGUGGGAGAAGUGAAACAGCCUAAAAAACCUACAAGUUUGUCAAGGGGGGAAAGACAAUGCAAGCCAGAGGUCUUAACGAGCAGUUUACACUGUGAUGACAUCCAUAAACUUCAUUUAAAAAAAAAAUAAUAAUUUUUUUUUCUCCUAGCCUGCUCAGAAUUUGCAUUAAUUCCACAGUAUGUGUUGGAUAAGGUUCUAACUUUUUCCAAAAGGUAAAAAAGCAUCCUGCCACUUCACCUCCUUCUGAGAAAGGGUCUUUGCUGUUUCAUCAGACAUAAAAGGAUAUCAGUCUUCAAGGAAGUAGGUAUUCAAGGUAUCCUGAUGAGGUCUAGAAGUUAAGAUUGCUGACAGAAUGACUUUGCUGACGGAAGAGUCAUUUUAUUCUUUGAAAUCAGACAUUAAAAAAAAAAGAAAA